AUGUCGUCGCGUCACUCAGCUGCACGCCCCAAUCGGGAUGGCGAGAACUUUGCUCGUACUCAUCACAAUGAUGCCAACGCUGAUAACGCCUAUGCCAAGUUUGACGUCCGCAACCCGUCCAUAUUGGCGCCAGACUCGAGAGAGGAUGACGCCAUACUGGAGGCAGAUGUUAUUGGAGGUAGGAAUCCAACCAAGCGCGGCGCUGUCAACCUUGACGGCUAUGACAGCGACUCGGACAAUGAAACUUUCAACGCCAAAGCAGCAGCACGAAAGAAGGGCAAGGUCGACAUCAACGACCAAUUGGAUAACUAUGAAGCUGCAGGAUCUGCUGCAGUUUCCCGGUCAAUCGCCGACCGUGAAGGCGAAAAGAAGGACGAGGACGAGGACGACAUGUUUGCCUUUGAUGGCCAUCAUACUGAUGGCGUGAACGGCGACCAGGAGGGAAUCGAAGAUGACAAUGCCGACUUUGACAAGUCUGGCAAGAAAAAGAAGGAUGUUCGAUUUCUCGAUUCUGCGCAAAUCAUGGGCCAAGAACAAGACAGCCGAAGCGGUGGUCACAUACGGCUCGACGACGAGGAGAGCGACGACGACGAGAUAGAGGCACAGCUGGCAGCUGAAGAGGAAGGGCUGGAUGAAGAAGUAGGAGCAGGCGGGCUGAAACGAAACGCGCCAAAGAUAGAGGCUUUCAACUUGAAGGCGGAGAUGGAAGAGGGUCAGUUCGACCAAGCAGGCAACUACCUUCGCAAAGCGGGAGACCCAGAUGCCGUCCACGACAACUGGUUGGAUGGAUUGAGCAAAAAGGACAUGAAGAAGGCAGCAGAGGCACACGAGAAACGAGCUAUUGAAGCACGCAAACAGCGUCUAGAAGAAGCCGACAUCUUGGUAUCCGACCUGCUCAAGGCGCUGAUCACAAGACUAGAGCCCUCCGAGACCCCACUCGAAGCUCUGGCUCGCCUGGGGAAAGUUCAGCCAAAGACCAAAAAAAUCCCCAAAUGGAAGUUGAAAAAGAUGAACAAGAGCGCUCCAGACACGGAAAUGGACACGGACGCGGCCGAAGACCCGGAACAGGCCCGGGUCAAGGACGACAUUAACGCCGUUACCGACGCAGCUGACAAACUGCUCAGCCGUGACUUUGACGAAGUCUACGACCAAGAUCGCGAGCUGUUGAUUCGGUCGUAUCGGCGCGAGACGGGAGAAGAUUGGGUUGAGCCAUUGUCUCGACAGAAACAUGAAGCAACCCUCCAUGAUGCCAGCAAUGCAAGCAAGCUGUGGGAGUUUCGGUGGACAGACGGUCGGGAUGCCGCAGCUCAACAAGGCCCCUUUGACACCGCAACCAUGAAGGCGUGGCUAGACGCUGGAUAUUUUGGCCAAGGCGUUGAAUUCCGAGUCGCAGGCAAUGGUGAAGAUGGGUGGACGACGACAGCGUCCUUUGUCUGA